AUGCCACAAAACGCGCCUCCGAGACCUGACCGGAUGUCUGGGAAUUUGAAAGACAGCGAGGUCUUUAAAACGAAGCUUUUGAAGAUUUGCGACGAAUGGAUUGACUGGGGACAUGAGAUCAAAUGUUACGACUUUGUGACCAACCUUGCCAAUGCUUUGCAUGAACAUGAAAAGGGCAAGGAUGGAUCCGCGGAAGACAUUGGGGAGUGGGCUACCGAUUUUCGCAAUCAGCGCCCUGAAUUCCAAAAAAGGAUAGAUGACGCUCGCGCCCAGUCAAGAAAGGAUAAGGAAACUGUCGCCAAAGGAUGGAUAUCGAUGGUGAGACGUUUGACCAGAAAAUACCAUAUCGACCCUGAAGAUAUGUAUGCUGUACGUGAAAUCGGAUAUUUUACUUCAAAAUCCGGUAACAGAAGAUCGGUCACACUUGUUCGACCUUCACACGAAAAGCUUGCUGCACUCCAAACGGGCAGGUCCAUGGCAUCGGCCAUUCAUUGCUUCUCUGGGGCAGGGAAGAUCCUCGUUCCUUGGGUGAUGACCCAAGCAAAGGACCCAUCACCAUAUGUUACCAUUUCUGAGAUUCAGGUCGCAUCCAAUUUGACUGGAUGGGCAAGCAUUAUGGAAUGGAAAUCUUGGUUGCAUGAAAGCUUUGAGCCCGAGACACGAAAACCGCCGCGUGAAAGUUCUCGAUGGCGGCUCAUGCUCGUUAAUGGGUAUCAAACUCCUUUCGAUGAGAGCUGCUUUCUUUUCUGCAGAGAACACAAAAUCCUCUGCAUUUCAUACCCUAGAACAUGCAGGCAGGAUCUUGAUCCUUUUCAUGUACGCGUAUUUCCAACUAUCGAGGAAAAAUAUCGGAGAUGGAUUUAUUUGCGAUGGGAGCAGUCAAAGAAAGCUGAGGUUCGUCUUGAUACUCGGACGUUUUCAGGUAUACUCAGCAAAAUUUCGUUUGCGGGCCUAGAGACGGAGAAGAAUGAGAGGAGAGUCGAAGCAGAAAAAGCAUGGAAGAGUUAUACCAUUUUGAUUGGUCCCAUGGGUUCAACAGUCAAAACCCACCUUACCAGCAACACUGGCUGUUGGAAGAAUCGAGGGGACGAAUGCAGAACUUCUGAUAUUGUGAAUAAAAGCACCCGCAACUCUCAGGCUGUUCGUUCUCAGGAAUCCGACAAUCAAAAUGGAAAUCAGGAGACGGUUCCCCCUACCUUGAAUGAGGGUAUCGCUACAUUCCAGGCCAAUGUCAACCUACCAUCGAACGAUCAGGAAGCAUCCGAGCCUUUACCCAAUGUUCAUACUCCGUCAAAUGAUGAUGGUAACGCGAAGGAAGAUAACUCGAAGGAAAAUACUCCUGCCAAGUCUUCGGACCAAAAAUGUCAAAUCUCAGUUUCGAAAGCCGUUGAGACCCAGGUCGCCUCAGAUAAGAGAAUUCGAUCUCCAUACUGGCCUCAACCUAGCCCUAGUGCUCGAAAAGCAACUAUUGCCCAGGAAAAAGUCCCGCUAAUACCUCUCGAUAGCGGUGGAUUGAAUGUGGAAGGUUCAGUCUCAAUGUCCGGACGACAGGUUCGAUCUCUCAGUUCUUCGGACAAGCAAAUGCCCCCAGCGCCCAAAGACAAAGGGCCAGUUUCCACAUUUGGCCAGAAAUUGGAACAGUCGACUCUUUCUCUUGUGAAGGAUGAUUUGCCCACCGAGUCACAAGGCACAAAUCCGCUUGCGUUACGGCCCAAGGGAUCCAGCCAAUCGUUAGACCAACGCUCAGGUACAAAGCGCAGUGUGGACAACCCAUUCGACACUUAUGACAAGGCCAUGAAGAGAAUAAGAAUAAUGCCUGAAGACAAACAAGGAGCCCUCGAGAACCGGUUGAAUUCCUGGUUAGACCAAGUGAUAAGCUCCAGCUCUUUCGGACCGGAGUUGAAUGAAGAAUCAUAG